UGCGUGGGGCGGGACCUCGCGGGGCGCGGGAAAAAGGCAGAGCAAGCUCACGUAGCCGCACCUCAGUGAGGCUCGAAGCCCGGCUUCUCUUCAGCGUGGCGGCUAGUCAACGCGGCGGCCUGUUGUGCCUGGCUUUUGAUUUCUCAAGAAGGAAAAAAUGAGUAAGAGGAAGAAACAGCGGAACUCAGGGGAAGGCCUUCAUCUCCCAAAACGUCCUAAGAACCUACGGCUGAGAAACUCCCCUGGAAGUCUCCUGGGCCAUUUCCAUCACCCUGGGGAGUCAGAAGACAGCUCAGGGCUUGCUACCUCUGCAGAGCCCAGCAGGGAGGAACCGGGACCUGCAGCCUCCAGCUGCCCUUCAGAGGACACAGGAGCCCCCUCUGACCUGGGGCCACCAGAACAGGAGUCCCCUUCCCAGGAGACAUCGCCAGAGCUGGGUACCUACCAGGCAGGCAGCCAGCUGCAGGAGGAGGCAUUGAGACUCCCUCGCCAUGAGGCUGGGGGCCCAGCAGACCAGACAUGGGCAGCUGGUUCCUGCCCAGAGCAGAGUGACCCUGUGAUAGCUGUUUCUGGCAAUGGGCAUUCUCAGCCUAAGGCUACUCCAGAAGUGGGAACAGCACCCUCUGAUUCAGGGAGGGCCAGCAAGGACAUCUGGAUAGGGACCAUCCCACCAGAUGUUGGAAGCCUGGGGAACAACAGUCCUGAGGCACAGAAGGUCUGUGUUCCAGACAGUUGUGGUCAGGAAAGGCACCUGCCGAAUGGUAAUGAUGAAGACAGGGAGGUAGACAGCAGAGACCCCCAGCAAGGAGAUGCCCAAGGAGGGGGAGCAGGGGCCCAGCAGCCUAGGGAGCCCCAGGAAGGACAGGGUAUCCCCUACACUCUAGCAUCAGCUCCUGCUUUGGACCCAGCUGAACUGUGCCUGAAGACCUGGUAUGUGACCCAGGACCUCCCUGCGCCUUCACAGACACUCUGUGGGACAGUCAUAGAAGCAGCAUCAAGCCACAGCAGCCCAGGAAACACCUCUCUUAGGGAAAAUGUCAUUACAGAUGUAAACUCUGGGCUGCAACAGAGGGCUCUGGUGGUGGCUGGGCCACUUGGCUCUCUGAGCAAGCGGGCCCCUGGUAGAGGCUACAAUAGGACUUUUCUGGGCUAUACAGCUCUUGCUGAGACCACAGAAAACCAAGGGGAGGCCAACUUGGAAGAUGAAUCCUGUGGCGACACUGUGGUGAGCCUUGCAGCCAUCUUGGCUGUGACUCCAGGUAAACAGCCCACAGUGGACACUAAGGGUCCUGGCCAUCUGGCCUGUGAGAUGGCUCUGGGUGUCCAGACUGAGGACCCUGGCCCUGAUGGACAGUGGCUUGGAGGGAUGCAAAUGCUGGAGUCACAGGUACAGCCCAUGAACCAAAAAACAGUGGAGUUAGGCAGCCAGAACUGCCAACAAGACCUUGAGGGCCUUAGUCUGUCCCCUCCGACUUCUCUGCUGGAAUAUAGCUGGGCAGCCAGUGGCCUUUCUCAGGGAAGCGGCGCCUGUCACAGCAGCCCAAGGUUUCCUGAAGAGCCAGCAGGGCAGCCUCCACCAGUUCCUGAUCCCCCAGACCGGGCCACAUUGCAAGAGUCCUCAGCCAUGGAACUGGACUUCCUACCUGACAGCCAGAUACAGGAUGCUCUGAACACCCCAGACUUGGAGGCUUUGCCUGCACAGAGUUUUCCUGCAGAGAAUGUGCCAGGCCUUGGAUGGCCUGACCCCAGACCAUGUGCCACUGGAGAAGACCCUGUAGGAGUGGCCAAGGCUCAGCCCAGGCCCCUCCUGGGGACACAGGCUCAAGAGGAGGUCUGCCAGAUGCAGGACGCCACAGACACAGUUCGUGGCCUUGUUGUCGAACUCUCCAACCUCAAUAGGCUGAUCAUGAGUACUCACCGAGACCUGGAGGCCUUCAAACGCAGGAGGCGCCUCCGUACUACCUGACAAAGGGGCUAGGGAGCCUUGCCCUGGGGGAGGAGGAGUGAAGGGACCUGAAGGCUGCCCCCACCUGCAUGCCCGAGACUUCUCCAGGUCUACAGGAAGUCAGUUUACCGUGGACCUCACACAGGAGGCUGAGUGUGGUUUUUUGGCCAGUGUUAAUAGUGCCUCCAUCUGAGAGAGCACCCACCCAGGCUCCUGUGCUGUGUUAUCUGGGGGUGGGGGUGGGGGGCACAUACCCUUUGUUCCUUGUAUGUCCUUUCUUUCUCCAGCUUUUCAUUUUACUUCCGAGAAGUCAAGGAAUAAAUGAUGUUGUCAGUCAGGACUCCAUGACCUGCCACCGUGGGUGGAGGCAUUUCCUGUCUGCUUUGUUCCACCCACAGACCACCCUAACCUCAACUUUUCUACAGCUUCCUCCUCUUCCACGAACUUACUUCUCCACCUCCCUGGAAGGCAAAUAGGGCUGCCAGAAGACAGGUCAGAGGUUCCCACAACUAGUCUCUAGGA